AACCGACACACGUACGUGGCUACAUUUUAAAUUGGAGGCUUUUAUUUUUUUUAGUGUGACACCGGAACUACAUCAACAGUUUGAGUUCAUCUCCCGCGUUCAGAGAGGUGACGCUGUCACGUUACCAUAGCAACAUGGACAGACGCACAUGGGAGAAGAUACUCACCUGUUUUCAGACCGUCAGCGCGCCGCUCCUCGCUGCGUGAUGGCAUCUGCACGUGGAUACUUGGUGAGAAAGGAAGUCUUUGGUGCUCGAGAAGACUUUGAAGACAUCCUGAAAGAGAUUGAUGGAGGCUUGACUCAUGUAGAGUGGAGGGAGACUGUCAUCCCCAUUCCCCACUUCACAGACACUGAUGGCCCGUUUCUACGACCCAGCAGCUCUGCCAGCAAACCUUCAAAUCCAGGACUAGAUGUGUGUGCCACUCCCCAGAGCCCAUCAUCAUCAUCCCCAUCAUCAUCACCAGCACCCUCAUCAGAGGACAGAGGAGAUCUCCUGCUGGAGAAGAUAGAAGCAGAGAGAGAUGAUUCACAAACCAAAGCACAGGCUUCUCUUUCUAAGGACUAUUCCCCCAGUAGCAGCAGUGUUAGAGGGGAUGGAGAGGGACAGAAGGAAAGCACUAUGGGGGAGAAAGAUGGAGACUCCACCACCGUCUGGAGCAGUGUGGAGCUGGACAUGAACUAUGGUCACUCACACAAAGGUCCCCGGCAGUACCACUUGGCUCAGGAGGUGCCCUGUACCCCGGAGGCCCUGCGUCUCCAUAGAAACACCCUAACCAUGGAGCUGGUCUGGCUCCAGCAGGCCAUUGACAGCAGGAAAAAGUACUUGUCACUGAAGGACAGGCUGACGGUAUCCUGAGUAAUCUGAACUGGACUUGAUAAUGUGGGACCGAAGGCCGGAUUGAUAUCAGUCCACUGAACUCACUCAAGUGGCAUCUUUUCUAAGCUAUUAUUAAUUUAUACAUAUAUAAAAGACAUGCUUUCAGUGGUAUUUAUCAUGUGUUUGACGAAACCUGUACAUUUUGUAUGUUACCUGCUCAUGUGAAGAAUUAAUAAAUUGUAUUUUUCUAAAAAA